AUGAGUGUAUGUGAUACAUUGAGGAAAAUGGGUGAAAAAACAGCAACCAAUGAUGUUAUGAAUAGACUUAUUGCUACACUUGGGGAUGAGAAUGAGUAUGUCAGACGGAAAGCAUGUGAAGUUCUGGGGGCAAUGGGUGAAAAAGCAGCAACCGAUGAUGUUAUGAAUAAGCUGGUGACUGCACUUGAAGAUAAGAGUGUGGAUGUCAGAUGGAGGGCAUGUGAAGCUCUCGGAAAAAUGGGUGAAAAAGCAGCAACCAAUGAUGUUAUGAAUAGACUGGUGAUUGCACUUGGAGAUGAGGAUGGAAAUGUAAAACGGAGAGCAUCUGAAGCUCUCGAGAAAAUGGGUGAAAAAGCAGCAACCAAUGAUGUUAUGAAUAGGCUGGUAACUGCACUUGGACAUGAGGAUGUGAAUGUCAAACGGAGUGCAUGUGUAGCUCUGGGAGAAAUGGGUGAAAAAGCAGCGACCAAUGAUGUUAUGAAUAGGUUGAUGACUGCACUUGGGGACGAGAAUGGGAUUGUAAGAGAGAAUGCAUGCAAAGCUCUUGAGAAAAUGGGUGAAAAAGCAGCAACUAAUGACGUGAUCAAUAGAUUGAUGACUGCACUUGGGGAUGAGAAUGGGAAUGUCAGGUGGCGUGCAUGUCAAGCUCUCAGAAAAAUGGGUGACAAAGCACCAACCAAUGGCGUGAUCAAUGGGCUGGUGACUGCACUUAGGCAUGAGCAUUGGAAUAUCAGACAGAAUGCAUGCACAGCUCUCGGAGAAAUGGGUGAAAAAGCAGCAACCAAUGAAGUGAUCACGGGGCUGGUGAAUGCACUUGGGGAUGAGUAUGGAAAUGUUCAAGAAGCUGCAUGCAAAACUCUCGGGGAAAUGGGUGAAAAAGUGGCAACCAAUGACGUGAUCAAUGGGUUGGUCACUGCACUUGGCAAUGUGUGGCCGGAUGUCAGAGAGAGUGCACGGAAAGCUCUUGGGAAAAUGGGUGAAAAAGCAGAAACCAAUGAUGUUAUGCAUAGAUUGGUGACUGCACUUGGGGAUGAGCAUGUGAAUGUCAGAUCCAUGGCAUGCCGAGCUCUCGGGGAAAUGAGUGGAAAAGCACCAACAAAUGACGUGAUCAACAGACUGGUGACUGUACUUGGGGACGAGAAUGUGUAUGUGAGAGGGUGCGUAUGUGAAGUUCUCGGAGAAAUGGGUGAAAAAGCAGCAACCAAUGAUGUUAUGAAUAGACUUAUUGCUGCACUUGGGGAUGAGAAUGAGUAUGUCAGACAGAAAGCUUGUGAAGCUUUGGGAGAAAUGAGUGAAAAAGCAGCAACUAUUGACGUGAUCACUAAGCUGGUGACUGCACUUGGAGAUGAGGAUUGGAAUGUCAAAAUGAGCGCAUGUGAUGCUUUGGGGAAAAUGGGUGACAAAGCAGCAACCAAUAACGUGAUCAAUGGGUUGGUGACUGCACUUGGGAAUACGAUUGGGCAUGUCAGACGGACAGCAUGUGAAGCUCUCGGAAAAAUUGGCGAAAAAGCACCAAACAAUGACGUGAUCAAUGGGCUAGUGACUGCACUUUGGGAUGCGGAUAUGUCAGUCAGAGAGAGUGCAUGUCAAGUUCUCGGGAAAAUGGGUGAAAAAGCAGCAACUAAUGAUGUGAUCAACGGAUUAUUGAAUGCACGUCGUCGUGUUUUCGGGUAUAGUAGUGCCAAUGGAACACUUGAAAAGAUUCUUCUUUCGUUCUCAGCAUUAACACAAUUAUCCUCCGAUACAGUUUCGAAACUUUUUGAAAAUAUGAAGGAAGGUCAGUUGGGUGCCUUGAGAACUGUUCCUCCAGAUCAAUUUGUGAAGGUGUUUCUGCAUACAAAAAGUACUGUAUGGCUUCCUGUGGUGACCAUCGUUGCACUUCUGCAGGGAAAUGCGGUUACCGUUACUGGCAACACUAUUGUGGUGUAUGGCAGUCAAGAAUCAGUACAGGUACCCGUUCCUAAUGAAGAACUACGUAGAGCAUUAGUUGAAGCUUUUGCUCAUCAGACAUUAGAACUUGAGUCAUCUUCAGCGCUUUUGGCAAAAUCGAAAGUGGUGUCUUCCGUAUGCGUUCUAAUGUAG